CCCCUGACAGGAGCGGGCUCCGCGGCUGCUGCAGCGCUCAGCUCCGGGGCCCUGCCGGAGCCGGGUCUAGCAUGUGCCGCGGCUCCCCGGCGGCGGCAGCGGCGGCAGCGGCUCCUCUGAAGCAACACCGGCAGCAACGGCCGCCAUGGCCAAGUCCAGCGCGGAGCUCACCCGCGAGCUGCAAGACAGCAUCCGAAGAUGCCUGAGCCAAGGGGCUGUGCUCCAACAACACCGUGUGAAGCUGGAGACGAAGCCCAAGAAGUUCGAGGACCGAGUGCUGGCCCUGACCUCCUGGCGCCUCCACAUCUUCCCCCUUAAAGUCCCAGCCAAGGUGGAGAGCUCCUUCAAUGUCCUGGAGAUCCGCGCCUUCAACACGCUCAGUCAGAACCAGAUCCUAGUGGAGACGGAGCGUGGCAUGGUGAGCCUACGGCUGCCAUCAGCUGAGAGUGUGGACCAGGUGACCCGACAUGUGAGCUCUGCCCUCUCCAAGGUCUGCCCUGGCCCUGGGAGUCUAAUCCGGCGUGGAAAUGCGGACACCCCAGAAGGGCCCCGAGACACAUCCCCCAACUCUGAGACUUCCACAUCCACCACGCACAGUGUCUGUGGUGGCUUCUCCGAGACCUACGCUGCCCUGUGUGACUACAACGGGCUGCACUGCCGUGAGGAGGUGCAAUGGGACGUGGACACCAUCUAUCAUGCCGAGGAUAACCGGGAAUUCAAUCUUUUGGAUUUCAGCCACUUGGAGAGCCGAGACUUGGCCCUAAUGGUGGCAGCCCUGGCCUACAACCAAUGGUUCACCAAACUCUACUGCAAGGACCUGCGGCUGGGCUCUGAAGUGCUCGAACAGGUGCUACACACCCUCAGCAAGUCGGGGAGCCUGGAAGAGCUGGUGCUGGACAACGCUGGGCUUAAGACGGACUUUGUCCAGAAGCUGGCCGGGGUGUUUGGGGAGAACGGGAGCUGUGUGCUGCAUGCCCUCACUCUGUCCCACAACCCCAUCGAGGACAAGGGUUUCCUCAGUCUGAGCCAGCAGCUCCUCUGCUUUCCCACUGGCCUCACCAAGCUGUGCCUGGCCAAGACUGCCAUUUCCCCUCGAGGGCUCCAGGCGCUGGGCCAGACCUUCGGGGCCAAUCCGGCCUUUGCCAGCUCCCUUCGAUACCUGGACCUGAGCAAGAACCCUGGGCUGCUCGCCACAGACGAGGCCAAUGCCCUCUACAGUUUCCUGGCCCAGCCCAACGCCCUGGUACACCUGGACCUGGCGGGGACUGACUGUGCCAUUGACUCGCUUCUGGGUGCCCUGCUCCAUGGCUGCUGCUCCCACCUCACCUACCUCAACCUGGCGCGCAACAGCUGCUCCCACAGGAAGGGCCGGGAAGCCCCAGCGGCCUUCAAGCAGUUCUUCAGCAGCGCCUACACUCUGAGCCACGUCAACCUGUCGGCCACAAGGCUACCCCUGGAGGCCCUCAGGGCGCUGCUCCAGGGCCUCUCCCUCAACAGUCACCUCAGCGAUCUGCAUCUGGACCUCAGCAGCUGCGAGCUGCGCUCAGCUGGAGCCCAGGCUUUGCAGGAGCAGCUGGGGGCUGUCACCUGUGUGGGCAGCCUAGAUCUGUCAGACAAUGGGUUUGACUCGGACCUCCUGACGCUGGUGCCUGCACUUGGCAAGAACAAGUCUCUCAAGCACCUGUUCCUGGGCAAGAACUUCAACGUCAAAGCCAAGACCCUGGAGGAGAUCCUCCACAAGCUGGUGCAGCUGAUCCAGGAAGAGGACUGCUCCCUGCAGUCACUGUCCGUGGCAGACUCCCGGCUGAAGCUUCGCACCAGCAUCCUCAUCAACGCCCUGGGCAGCAACACCUGCCUGGCUAAGGUGGAUCUGAGCGGCAAUGGCAUGGAGGACAUCGGGGCCAAGAUGCUGUCUAAGGCCCUGCAGAUAAACUCCUCCCUCAGGACUAUCCUGUGGGAUCGGAACAAUACAUCUGCCCUGGGCUUUCUGGACAUUGCAAGGGCCCUAGAGAGCAACCACACGCUGCGCUUCAUGUCCUUCCCUGUGAGCGACAUCUCCCAAGCCUACCGCAGCGCCCCCGAGCGCACCGAGGACGUCUGGCAGAAGAUCCAGUGGUGCUUGGUGAGGAAUAACCAUUCCCAGACGUGUCCCCAGGAACAGGCCUUCAGGCUGCAGCAGGGCCUGGUGACCAGCAGCGCCGAGCAAAUGCUGCAGAGGCUGUGCGGACGGGUGCAAGAGGAGGUUCGGGCCCUGAGGCUGUGCCCCCUGGAGCCUGUGCAGGAUGAGCUGCUCUACGCCCGGGACCUCAUCAAGGAUGCCAAGAACUCCCGGGCGCUGUUUCCCAGCCUCUAUGAGCUGGGCCACAUGCUGGCCAAUGACGGGCCUGUGCGGCAGAGGCUGGAGUCAGUAGCCAGUGAGGUAUCCAAGGCUGUGGACAAGGAGCUGCAGGUGAUCCUGGAGUCCAUGGUCAGCCUAACGCAGGAGCUAUGCCCCGUGGCCAUGCGGGUGGCCGAAGGGCACAACAAGAUGCUGAGCAAUGUGGCCGAGCGUGUCACUGUGCCCCGGAACUUCAUCCGAGGGGCGCUGCUGGAGCAGGCGGGCCAGGACAUUCAGAACAAGCUGGAUGAAGUGAAGCUCUCAGUCGUCACCUACCUGACCAACUCCAUAGUGGACGAGAUCCUGCAGGAGCUAUACCACUCCCACAAGAGCCUGGCCCGACACUUGGCCCAGCUGAGGACACUGUCAGAUCCACCAGGGGGGAUGGGCCAAGGACAGGAUCUGUCCUCCCGGGGUCGAGGCCGGAACCAUGACCUUGAGGAGACCACGGAUGAUGAACUUGGGACCAACAUCGACACCAUGGCCAUCAAGAAGCAGAAACGCUGCCGCAAGAUCCGGCCAGUGUCUGCCUUCAUUAGUGAGUCUUCCAGCCUCCAAGCUCAUGGCCCUGUUUCCCUUUCUUUGUUCUCCGUCUCACCUGCCUGCUUUCUCCCCAGACCUCCUGCCAGUCCCUCUAACACUGCUGUCCCCACAGGUGGGAGCCCUCAGGACAUGGAAAGCCAGCUGGGGAGCCUGGGGAUCCCCCCUGGCUGGUUCUCAGGACUCGGGAGCAGCCAGCCCACAGCUAGUGGCUCCUGGGAAGGCCUUUCUGAGCUGCCCACUCAUGGCUAUAAACUAAGGCAUCAAACACAAGGGAGGCCCCGGCCCCCCAGGACCACCCCUCCGGGACCUGGACGGCCUAGCCAGGUGCCAGUACCUGGGUCUCGUCAGGAGAACGGGAUGGCCACCCGCCUGGAUGAGGGGCUGGAGGACUUCUUCAGCCGAAGGGUCAUGGAUGAAAGCUCCAGCUACCCCCGGACUCUGAGGACCCUGCGGCCAGGCCUCUCGGAGCCGCCACUGCCUCCACUCCAGAAGAAGAGGCGCCGGGGCCUGUUUCACUUUCGCCGGCCCCGGAGCUUCAAGGGGGACAGGGGGCCAGGGUCCCCCACCACUGGGCUCCUCCUGCCUCCUCCCCCACCCCCACCUCCCACUCAGGAGAGCCCCCCCAGCCCAGAUCCCCCGAGCCUUGGCAAUAACUCCUCCCCCUGCUGGAGCCCAGAGGAGGACAGCAGCCUUGUCCCCACAUUUGGCGGGGGCCAGGGGCCUUCCUUCCGCAGGAAGAUGGGCACUGAGGGGGCAGAGCCUGGGGAGGGGGGCCAGGCCCCUGCAACAGCACAGCAGCCAAGGGUCCAUGGUGUCGCCCUUCCUGGGUUGGGAAGAGCCAAAGGUUGGAGCUUCGACGGGAAACGAGAGGGCACAGGCCCAGACCUGGAGGGCAGCGUCCAGGCUUGGCAGAAACGGCGCUCUUCGGACGAUGCAGGGCCUGGAGCCUGGAAGCCCCCCCCACCGCCCCAAAGCACCAAGCCAAGCUUCAGUGCUAUGCGCCGCGCGGAGGCCACGUGGCACAUAGCUGAGGAGAGUGCCCCCAACCCCAGCUGCAAGAGCCCCAGCCCAGCCUCUCAAGAUGGGGAGGAAGAGAGAGAGGGAGCCCUAUUCGCUGAGAGGCCGGCUCCUGCUAGGAACACUAAGCUGCAGGACCCCCCUCUAGCUCCACGACCCCCCAAGCCAGUGGCUGUGCCCAGGGGCCGCUGUCCCCCCCAGGAGCCAGGGAGCAGGGAGGAGGCUGAGGCUGGGGGUGUGGCCCCAGGAAUGAACAAACCCCGGCUGAGGCUUGGCUCACAGCAGGACCAAGAGGAGCCCGAGGUCCAAGGGCCCCCAGAUCCAGGCCGCCGGACCGCCCCCCUGAAGCCCAAGAGGACACGGCGGGCACAGUCCUGUGACAAGCUGGAGCCUGAUAGAAGACGGCCCCCUGACUCCACAGCAGGAACCAGUGAACCAGGAACCGACUGACAGCAGCUGCUGCACCCUCCCCUGCCCUCCUCUUGACAUGUGCCUCACAAGGACUCAGACCACCCCCCCACCCGCCCCCACACCUCCAGGCCCCUCUGCCAGCCCCUGUCCCACAGGCUCAGGAUGGCAGGAUGAGGCGUGGGGGGCAGGGGUGAGGGACAGGAAGGGAGGAAGCGACCUGGAGAGAGGGAAGCUCCCAAUGCCUUGCUUGCUCUGCAGAGCUUAGGGGUGGGGGCCCUCUCCUCCCCUGGGAGGGCAGAGCUGUCCCUCUAUCCCCAGGGGCUCUCUCUCCACUUGUAUAGAAUAAAAAACCAAAAUCAC